CAGAGGGAUUUGUGCAGGGGUGAGGCUGCAGCUAUUGCCGCCGCUGUUAAAAGGCUCCCUUUACCUGCGGGUGAAGCCAAGUCCCAGCACAAGAGCGAGGCAAGUCAAGCCUGGCCGGCGUCUGCCUCCGCCGUCACACAGCCCUCUGUAAGGGAAGCUGGUGUCGGGAACAAGCGAGCGGACAAGACAACAAGUCGUGCAGCAGAUCCGUGCGGGGCGAGCGGAGAGGGCGAAGGCGACGGACCGGCAGGGGAGCUUGCGGCCAACAACUUUGCCCGCUUUCUCCUACUUUCACGUAAUUUAAAUGGAUCGCCAUCCGAAUCUGAUCACGCUUUGGCUUCAGCUGGAAUUGUGCGCGAUGGCGAUCCUGUUGACCAAAGGUGAAAUCAGGUGCUACUGUGAUGCCCCUAAUUGUGUGGCAACGGGUUACAUGUGCAAAUCAGAACUCUCGGCAUGUUUUUCAAGAUUGCUGGAUCCACAGAAUACAAACUCUCCUUUAACUCACGGGUGCUUGGACACCAUUUCAGUUUCCGUUAACAUCUGCCAUGCAAAAGGAGCGCAGAAUCGCACGGGGCUCUGGCCCAUGUUGGAGUGUUGUUAUGAUGACAUGUGCAAUUACAGAGGGCUUCAAGAUGUUCUUUCGCAUCCACGGAGUGAGAUCUCUGAUCAGGGGAACCGAUAUCAUGACUCCAGCAGCAAAAGCUUGAUCACCAGGGUUCAAGAACUCAAUUCCUCCAAGGAGCUCUGGUUCAGAGCUGCAGUUAUUGCAGUGCCCAUAGCUGGAGGCCUCAUUUUGGUACUGCUGAUCAUGUUGGCCCUGCGAAUGCUUCGCAGUGAAAAUAAGAGACUUCAGGACCAACGGCGACAGAUGCUGUCUCGUUUGCAUUAUAGUUUCCACGGGCAUCACUCCAAAAAGGGGCAGAUGGCCAAGUUGGACUUGGAGUGCAUGGUGCCUGUGACUGGCCAUGAGAACUGCUGUAUGACCUGUGAUAAGAUCAGGCACUCCGACCUCAGUAACGACAGGCUUCUCUCCUUGGUUCACUGGGGGAUGUACAGCGGACAUGGAAAGCUGGAGUUUGUAUGACUUGGGUUUCAAAUCGAGCCACUCGUGGUUCCAUUCUGUUGGACAAGUGCACUUUAUGUGAAAAGACAAUCAUGAACUUGAGGAGCUGUCAUUUGAAAGGAAGACUCUCUGUUGAACAAGGGACCUCUGAUUUUAAUAUAUUCUAUACCAGAGUUCUGGCAUGCCCCACGAAAGGUUUCUCAUUUGCACACUUUGUAUAAAGAUGAAUUUGUGUUUCUAGAUACUGUAGCUCAGGGGGUGCAUGAGGGAAAUGGAUUUCUUGAGCUAGCAGAAGUAGGGAAACUGAUGUAUACUGGUGUGCACUCCUGCUCUUUAUGUUUCCUGUUCCAAUUGAUUGAAAAGAUGAAAUAUAUUUUUUCUCUAAUUCUGA